GCGGCACGUGAGCAGCCAUUGUGCCUAGGCACUGCGAACAUGGAUUUUGAAAGUACAAUUAAUCAAAAUUUUGCGAUGCGAGAUGGGGACCAUUGCAUCUCGCCUGAACUGUUUCGAAGUUUUCUGAAGGAGGAUUUCAAUGUUACGGCAUUUGCAAGUGGGGCCUUGGGGAGCGGGUCCGCAGCGCAGUCCUCCCAGAAAUUGACAGAAGGCAUUGAGCUGCUUGAACGUCAGCUGCGGAAUGAGGUUAUUGCACGGCACGAUGAAUUGCUUGAACAAGUCACAUCCCUGCGGGACACGGAGAAUGUGGUGACUGUUGUUAGGUCUGGGAUCGAUUCCCUCCAAGCCUCCCUGCAACGUGUGCGGUCUGAGCUUGCGGAGCCAUAUAAGUUAAUAAGGACAAAAACCCGCCAACUGGCGGCGCUACAUGAGACCAUGGAGCUCUUGCGUCAGGUGAUCAGAGUCAUUCGUCUGAUUGCGAAGCUGAGAGAUUUGAUGACUGCGGGCGAAACCGGUGGUCACAUUGAUCUCGCAAAGGCGGCUCAACUUUUUAAUGAAAUAGAGACCGCAAGAAGGGAGGUGAACUUGAGUGGUGUGGAUGUAGUCGACACAGAGCUUGGCUGGAUUGCGGAAGCAGGGCAACGGAUACGAACAGAAGCAAUGAAAAAUCUGGAGGAUGCCAUGGCUGCUCUAGAUCAAGCAGAGAUAGGGAGUAUUCUGCAGGUGUACUUCAACAUGGGAGAGUUGAAGCAGACUGUUGACUUGCUCAUUAACAGGUACAAACAGCAAGCAACAAAAGCAAUUACGAGCGCGCUCGACAUGAAGACCAUCUCCACAUCUGGGUCUGCAAUCGGCCCUGGCGGUAUACAGAGGAGUGGAACGCCAUCCUUGGGGGGUGGUGCCCGUGCCAGAGACGCCUUGUGGCAGCGGUUACAAGCGUGCACUGACAAGAUUUGUUCCAUCAUCCUUGCAGUGUGGAACCUACAGCGGGUCAUGGUGAAAAAGAGAGAUCCUAUUACUCAUGUAUGCUUCAUUCAGGAAGUUGUCCAGCCUGGAGAUGUAAUGAUCACAGAUAGGGUGUGGGAGGUCACCUCCAAAAUCUUGUCCAAUCAGUUCAAAUCUGCAUUCACAGCGUCCAGUUUUGUCAAGGAGACGUUUGUCAGCGGAUAUCCUAAGCUUGCAUCCAUAUUUAAUGGAAUGCAGGAUAGGAUUUCAAGGGAGUCUGCAAUUAAGGGUGUUCCUCCGGCAUUAAGGGAGGAAGAUAAGGAACAGAUAAUGGCAGCAGUUGAGCAGUUUCAGCAAGCAUAUCUUGCACAGUCAUUGUCAAGGAUGACAGACACAGUGACAAGCAUGUUUACCGCUGGGGUGAGGAGUGGCUCUCCCACCCAGGAGCAAAUGAGCCGUCUUGUCAGUCGACUCACCGAGGAACUAGAUGCAGUGAAGGGGAACACUAAGCUGACUCUCCUGGUGACCAAGUCUGCCGCUAAAGCUCUGCAGCUUCUUGCUCAGAAGUCUGAAUAUCAGGUUGUGACGGGGCCAGAUGUAAGGCAAGUUACUGGCCCGGCGACAGGCGCACAGAUCAAGAACAUCUCCUUGUCUCUUUCUCUCCAAGAUUGCCAUCAGCGGGUCAGCGUAAUCGCUGCCAAUCUUCCUCCUCCUGGAACUGAGCUGUUGUCGGCUUCGUUGGGAUCUAUUUAUGGCGUUGCCUCAGAUGCGAUAACCCCGCUCUUCACAGCUAUGGUUGAGAUGGUGGAGAGCAGUAUCCUGCAGAUGCACGAUUACAGUUUUGGAAGUGAUGAAGUGGAGGUGGACACGGAGACUGGGAGCUCAAGAUAUAUGCAGGAAGUGCAAGAAGCUAUUACACACUACAGGAGCGAGUUCUUAUCGAAGCUGCUUCAACCAGUUUCACUGUCGUUUUCGUCUGCAGCAUCGUUUCAACUCAAACAAUGCGCAGAAGAGGGGCUCGGAGUUGGAUUGGUCAAGCGUAUGGCGGCUCGAGUCCUCCUGUUCUUUGUCAGGCAUGCGGCGCUUGUCAGGCCACUUUCUGAGUCUGGAAAGCUUCAAAUGGCAAGAGACAUGGCAGAGCUUGAGCUAGUAGUAAGCCAGAAUUUGUUCCCAGUGGAGCAGCUCGGUGCGCCUUAUCGGGCUUUGCGUGCGUUCCGGCCGCUCAUAUUCCUUGAGACGUCACAGAUUUUGGGCUCUCCAUUUCUGCAGGAACUGCCACCUAGCGUCGUUCUUCAUCACUUGUACUCCCGUGCGCCCGAGGAGCUGCUCUCUCCACACAAACAAGCUAAUUUGAGUCCUCAGCAGUACUCUCUAUGGCUGGAUCAGCACGGUGAAGAGGAUGUGUGGAAGGGCGUGAAGGGAACAUUGGACGCAUAUGCUGCCAAAGUGAAAUCGCGAGGCGACAAGGAAUUCAGCCAGAUAUACCCUCUGAUGAUGACACUUGGUGGAGCAUUGACGGAGACCGCCUCCUCUCAAGCGAAGGUGUGAUGACGUGGUUAACCAUCAUCAAGGGUGUGAGAUUUCUGCUCUCCUCUCCUGAUGAUCGCGCUCCCCCAACGCCUUCACCACCUGUCUUGGUAAGCUUUUUUUUUUUCUUUUUUUUUUGGCAAACAAGAGAAGGCUGUGGGUCGGCAGUCUCUCCUGCGCACCAUGAUUCAACCGUCAACUACUAGCAUAGGGGGAGUCAGGGAGACGGUCUUUUCUCCCUCUUUCUCCCUCGUAUCGGAGGCGAGAUCUCCUGUGUCGCGGCUGCGUCGAGGGUGUGCAGUUAUCAUGACCUGAGGACGCAAAGAGGUUUCAUGUCUGCGAAAGCCACAUGCUGUUCGUGUUCAGCCUGUCAUUCUUUGGGUACUGCUGGUGUUUCGGCGACCAAAAAGGGGAUUUUUCUCUACUGGUCAGACUGUCGUUGUUUGUCAUCGACGAUCCUACGAGAGGUGCAUCGCCUGAGUUGUCUUCUCGGCGAUCUCUUUUAUGUCCCUCAGCGCCACCCUAACCUAACCCGCACAAGCGCCCAUCGACAUCUGUACGGCGGUGGCGCUCCUAAUGGUAUGGAAGAUGUGGUGUGGAGCACCGACUUGGUAGAGCUAUUAAGCUUGGCCUUUUUGACGUUUUUUGUUUUUUGUUUCCUUCGGGAUUGGCCAUAUUGAUUGGAUGCUAGGUACAAUUUUGAAUCCUGAAGAGAAAAGUAUUCACAUGGGUAUUCUGCGGUUGAGUAGGGGUUCCAGAAUAGCAUUUACUUUGUCAACCGUGGGAACUUAGGAAAGUCAAAUAAAGGAGAAGGUGGUCUAUCGGCAAGCAGCAUCCUCGCCUUGAAAGAGUUUGUUGCCGGCGCAGCUAUUCUGCCACUGCGUCAGUGGUAUAAUCUCCCACAUGCAUAAGACGUGUGCACACACACACACACACACACACACACACACACACACACACACAGGUACCAAGCAAGCAUGCACGGAGACAAAGGCUUCUGGGAGGGAAGGAAGAGAAAGCGAGGGAAGGAGGAGGAGAAGAGGGAAACAAUAUGUGGAGAGAGAUGGGGAGUGAGGAUGGGUGUGCGUAGACAAUGCGAAAGGUUGGUGUGGGUAGACAAUGCGAAAGGUAGGAGAGCCAAAGGGAGCAGGGGAGAGAGAGAGAGAGAGAGAGAAGAGAGAGAGAGAGAGAGAGAGAGAGAGAGAGAGAGAGAGAGAGAGAGAGAGAGAGAGUAAAGGUUUCUUGAAAUC